GGAAGCAACACAUCCAAGCGGAGGCGAUGGCGCUUCAUCCCUUCCCAACCCCAUCCGCUACAACCCCGUUCGUACGCCUCUGCUCCGACCCCUUCUCCCUCCUCCCGAUCCGAAUCCCCUCAAACCCUAACCCUAACCCUAGGUCUCCUUCCUCUAGCUCCCUCAAACGGAUCCUUUCCCUCUCCUCCUCCUCCUCCUCCUCCGUCCUCCGCCGCCCCCGCUUCGUCCGCGCCGCAUCGCGCCUCUGCGAGACCGAGGGUUUCGCCCCCGCACUCGACGCGGGGUCGGUCGCCAUAAGGGAGUUCGUGACGGAGGAGGAGCUGUGGGCCGCGGUGCGCCUCCGCAUCCGCACCUUCUACGAGUUCAACGAAUCGUGCGGGGUCGAGGUGAGCCCGGUCGCAAUCCGAGAUCACAGAAAGUAUCUAGCGGAGCGGGAGUUUGAAGCAUUGAAGGAUCGGAUUUCUGGGAAAAGAAUAGGAUUUAAAAGAGUUUCUUGUAUAAAUGCCACACUUCCAUUAUCACCAUCCUUGGCCUCAGCAAAUGAGCUGUGUUCCGUAUGUAAGUUCUCUGAGAAUGGAGAAGGGAGAGUCGUGGUCGGGUCUUUAGAUCUUAAUCAGUGUCUCCGGCUGGCGGAUGAAUUGACCGGGAAGAGACCUGAGGUUAGUGGAUCCAACCUCACAAGGGCAUACCUAAGCAACGUAUGUGUUGCCAAGGAGCUCCAGAGACAUGGCUUGGGCUAUGCAUUAGUUGCUAAGUCUAAGAAAGUCGCUCGUGAAUGGGGUAUUACCGAUUUAUACGUCCAUGUUGCUGUCGACAACGAAGCGGCCCAGAAGCUAUACGAGAAGAGCGGUUUUGUUUACGAAAACGAGGAACCUGCUUGGCAGGCUAGGUUUCUAGGUCGGCCCCGACGGUUUCUUCUUUGGGCUGAUCUGCAAAAAUAGGCUUGUGAGUUAAAUAAAUCUUCAUUUCCAUUUUUUUUUUAACUUGAUUCCUCGCAAUGUGUAAAAUCUGAUCUCAAAGCUCAGCUGCCACACCUUUCUUUUGUGAUUAAUGUUGUAAUUGUUGUAAUUCUUGUUAACAAAGUAUAUGCUGUUUCAGCUUACAGGUGUAUCAUUUGUAAGCUGUAAAUAUUCAAUUUAUAGACUCAGUUGCUUCAA